GUUCAGUUUUCUGGUGGAUGCCAUCCCAUCGUGAUCAUGUUAGUUUAGAAGUAAUAUUAUGUAAGUUAAGUGAAGAAGAAUGUCAGUCUUGAUCUGGCGUGGAUUUAAUAUUGGUGUGUGCAUGUUGUCAUGUUGUUGUUGUCGUCGGGUUAUUUGUAAAUAGAUGGAUACAGAACUGUGUCGGUGGUGGUACGUGGUGUGACUGACAAAGUAUUGUUUUAUUUUUUAAGCAUUCCGAGUGUUCCGUUAGCCGAGUUUUAAAUUUGCAAUCUGAUUUCAUGAAGAAGAUUCGCACGGUUUGUUGAGACGGUUUUGUUUGGAGUGGAGCACGUGGAGUGGGGAUUGGACUUUUUGGAGAGGAGAAGUUACGGAAAAAUGGGGUGAAUAAGAAGACUAAUUCAUCACGAGCUGACUGCCCCGGUGAGAAAAUGGAUUACCUGUGCACCAACAAAGAACAACGAUACCCAUGAAACUAACCUGACGAUGAUGAUGAUGAAGUAUUCUUCCUCCCCGGACGACAAAAAAUGGGUUCAAGGGCUAAUUCCGCAAGUAGAAAAUAUAGCUGCGAACCGUAUCUGCAACAUCAUCAUCCACACCCCAAAAAAAAGUUUGCCGUAGUACCACCAGCAACAAUGCCAGCACUGCCACUGCCAGUCUCAACUUGGGCGAGGAUGGGAGCAGAAGAAUAGGCCAAAUUCUGAACCUUUCAUCCAAUAAAAGUUAUGGUUAUGUUUGCAAAUAAAAAUGCACGAAGCACGGCAGCAGCAGAGUAGUUGCAGACAUUAACAAAAACGAACGUGUAAAUAGUAGUGAGUGGUUCGCUUGGUGGUCGUGGUCGUUACUCUCGCAGUGAUACGAGUUUGGGGAAAUAAUGGAUAUUUUACCAAAAUCUGGGCAACAUUUACUCCCCACGAAACGCUGUACUCAUUAUCCGAUCAAGAUCUGUGACAGUUAUGAAAAUGCGGUGCUUAUCUGUUGUUCCAAGAAAGGUUCCAAAACCACCUUGGGACAAGAAUUUAGGACAAUGAGGAAUCCCGUUGUGAAUACUAAAAUCGUGUCAAACUAUAACUUAAAUUUGGAAGUGAGGAAAGGCCGGCAUAAAAAAGAGAUGAAAGUUAUCUCGUCGUCAUCUUCUCGUCUAGUCAUUCUCGCCCUCGUCGUCACGACCCUGCUCCUCGUGAUGGAUAACAUUCCAUGGAUUUCCUCCGCCCCUGUCGUCAGGUCGGGCGCCACGCCGCCAAAGUACUUUUCGACCAGUUCCGUGCAACAUUACCUCCUCAAGUUUGGCUACCUACCUCAGUCUGGGUUUGAAAUUCGGGAUCAGAUAAGCGAACGAAGAAUGGAGGAAGGAAUUCGAGAAUUGCAAGCUUUUGCCAACUUGAUAGUGACCGGAGUGAUUGAUGAAGCGACUCGGCGUCUCAUUCAGCGACCGAGGUGCGGCGUGCCUGACAUUCUGAGCGGCCAAUUCAUGUCGGAAAGUCAGGAGGAGCAAUUUGGCCGUCGUCCUGAUGGAAGGAGGAGGCAGAAGAGAUUUAUCAUCCAGGGCCAGAAGUGGCCAACGACGAGUCUCACUUGGAGUGUGAAACGCGCUUCUCCAGCCCAUGAUGAGAACGACAUUGUUGCCGAGCUGAGCCGCGCCAUUGCCGUUUGGUCGAGGUCGACACCGCUCCGGUUUUCGCGACUUACGCCGGAUCGCGCGGACGAUGCGGACAUUCGGAUCGUGUUCUCUAAAGGAUACCACGAGGAUGGUUACCCUUUCGAUGGGAAAGGUUCCAUCCUGGCGCACGCCUUCUUUCCAGGUGCGGGUCAAGGUGGGGACGCUCAUUUUGAUGAUGACGAGAUUUGGAUAAUUAAUGGCAAAUCGCAAGCUGGAGAAGGGACGAGACUUUUCGCCGUGGCAGCCCACGAAUUUGGCCACUCGCUCGGCCUGUCCCACUCGGACGUCGAGGGUGCCCUGAUGUACCCCUGGUAUCAAAACUUCGACUACGACCUACGCCUCACCAAAGAUGAUGAGCUCGGAAUUCAGCGCAUCUACGGCUCCACUCCGAUGUGGGCUCCGAACCCGUACGCCCCCAACUACAAUCCGUCUGACACUGACCAUGAGACCCCCCGACCUCGCGUCACCACUCCGACCCGACGGGGCAAGCCGUACCACCCUUUCGACGGUCGUCCCAACACGUGCGACUCCUCCUACGACGCGAUAUCUCUCAUCCGGGACGAGCUUUUUAUCUUUAAGGGGCGUCAUUUUUGGAGGGUCAACUCAAAACCGAACGCUCCCAAUGACAACCGCCUCCUCAAAGGGUAUCCCUCCCUCAUCACAAACAUGUGGCAACAACUUCCCCCCAAUUUGACCCAUGUCGACGCCGUCUAUGAGCACGACGAGGUUGAGAUCGUCUUCUUUAUUGGACGAUACUACUGGCGAUUCAGAGGAACCAAUUUGCAAGCCGGGUAUCCAAAACCGCUCACGUCGAUGGGAAUCUCUCCGGAUGUUGAGAAGAUUGACGGAGCCAUGAUUUGGGGGCAUAAUAAGAAAACUUAUCUCUUCUCAGGGACACAAUACUGGAGGUUGCAAGACGUCAACCCGCACGUGUUCCACAUUGAGCCUGACUACCCCCGCAACAUGUUUGUGUGGCAAGGCGUGCCAACGAAUAUCGACUCCGUCCUGCGCUGGAAGGACGGCCACACGUACUUCUUCAAGGGAAAAGUCUUCUGGAAGUUUAACGAUAAGCACAUGAGAGUGGACUCGGACGCCACGCUGUCCGCCCCCUUUUGGAUGGGCUGCACCUCCACCCCGCUCGUCCCCACGGAGAAAAAUCCUCACGGAGAGGAUGACGAGACCAGUUCUGCUGCCGGAGUAUCGUCACCAAUCAUGACUGUCAUUGUCGUCAGUCUCUUGACCUGGUUCUCCCGUGGCGUGGGUGACAUAUUUGGUCAAAAAUUGCUCGCCUUAUAAUAACCCAGCCCAUAAGGCAUCCAUGCAGAAAGAAAUGAGACAACUUUGCGAAUAACUCGCUCAGGAAUUCACUACGCACACAUACCACCGUCACUAUUAAGACUACUACUCACUGCCAUGUCUUCACAAACGUUCCUAUAUCUACCAGAAAAGAAGCAUUGCCAGCUCAGGGGCAUGGUUGCUAAAAUUUGUGGUUUUCAUAUUGAGAAAUUCCAUUUUCCCAGGCUUUUAAGGAGUAGGAUCUUGCAAAAACCGGGCUAGUUUCCUCCUCAAGAAGACGGUUUUGUUGGUUUGUUGGAACCCUCUCCGAAAUUCGGUGGUGGGUGGAGGAGGAGAAAGUAAACAUAAAGUAUAAUCCCGUCUCGCCAAGAAGCUUCCAUCCAAGUAUUAAAGUCAGGCAGUCAUCCAUAUGGAAGUGGAGGAGAAAGUUGCUCAUCCUUUGAUAGCUUUCUCGCCAUCCAUCCAUCCAUCCUCAUCUCUGUUCAAAUUUUGUGUGUCAUGACCUGAAAAUUUGUUCCUCUUCUUUUAUGUACUUCAAUCGCGAUGGGGAUCCAAUCUAGUGGUUCUGGUCACUCAAUUUUGAAUUAAAUUUCCAAAAUCUCGAUUUAGCUCGCCUUUCAUGACUUGCUCAGCCAAGGAGACACACAUUCAAUGCAAGCAGGAUUUCAUAAUAAGUUGAAUGCGUAGUUUGAUUUAUAUAAGAUUUCUCCCCCAGGCUGGGCUGAGGACAAUUUCCGAGUGUCCACACCACACCAGGGUUCCUCAAAGGGGGAUCGUUCCUUAAAGAAUUUCAAGCUUAUUUAGUAGUGAAUGUUUGCACACUGUGAACAAGUCCUUUCAAAUGUGUCAAAAAAUACACAUUUAGCAGAUGUAAAUCGUAUAUACCCUGUUUUUAAAGCAUGCAGAAUCAGUGUUACCGUGUUCCUGCGGGUUUGUCACAUUUCUUGAACCGCAAAGCAAGAAACGCAGGAAAUACAAGGUGUAAGAAACUUGGAGAAAGUGCAAGAAAUAUGGCCUAUCUAGCCAUGCGCCUUAUGAAGUAUAACGACACGUCGUAGUUUCUUACGCCUUGCAUUUCUUGCAGGUCAAAAUAGCUUAAAAAACCACUUGCACCCGAAACACUGCAGAAUUUUUACCCUGUUUUCAUGCAUGCAUACAAACAACGACUGUCAACUACGUUAAAGUAUGUCAAAAAAUCCCCCACAUUCUUUUGGAAACCCUGCCUUCGACUUUGGUGACGCUAAAAGCUUUAAUUAUCUCUCUCACUGCCAUCCAUCAGUGGAAGCAACUCAAAUAAAUUCACUCAAUCUGUCUCCUGACAAGAAUUCCAAAGAGAGACUUAUUUACCGUGUCCUAUUUUGUAAACCAAGGCACACACGCGGAUACAUAACACAAAGCUACAUAUACUUUACGGCUUUACUGGACGAGAACGAGUACGAAAUAUAUAAAUAAUAAAUUUUCGCCAGAGGACAAUUAACCAAGUAAAUAAUUUGUGGUGGGUUUAUGAAUUUUGAAAACUCGCUGGUUGGUUAGUCACAGAGAUAUGCAAAUUUAUUCAACAUUCCUCUCAUUUUCCGUCAAGCAAGAGUCAACUUGUCGGAUGGAUAGACUCGAAUUGUUAAUUAAUUAAAUUUCAGCCAAGGUUUUACUAUGUAAAUAGUACAGUUGUUUAAGUAGGAUUGUUUAUAUGGUGCCAUAUUCUUAAGUAUGUGACUGAUCGAGUAUAUAUGUAUAUCUAAGACUUUAAUUAUAAUUUAAGUUUGUUUAUAAUUAUUGCCACAAUUAAAUUUGCUACUGGAGAAGAAUUGUGAAUUAGAAUGAUACUCGAGGCGCAUAUUUAAAUAAGUAAUACAUAAGAUUUCGCUGUAAUUUUGCGAAUAUGCAAAUGCAACCACUUUCACUCAAAACACGCUUUCGUAAAAGUAAAUGUUGUGAAAGAUUUUGAGCUUUCGCUUUCAUUACGUGACACGACUAUAGAAGAAGAAGAUAGAAAUUAAGCCUGGCAAAAUAUGGGGUUGUUGUUUUAUAAAUAAAUAAAUAAAUAAUGGGAAAAGAUGUACUGUGAUGAUGAUGAACAACAAUUAAGUAAACUGUUUAUAUUUAAUAAUGACUUAUGGGUUAAUUUUAUACAGGAACAUGUUAAAAACUAUGCUGUGCUUUUAAUUCAUUAAUUACUUUGUAGAUACAUAGUUGUCACCGAAUUAAAUAAUUAUAGUUAUAUACUAUUUUAAUUUUUCUUAAAUAAGUCGAAUUUUCUAUUAUUUGUCGUCGUGAUUAAAAUUGAAAUAUAAAUACAAUAUUUAGAGUUAUAUUUAUUCUUUACUUAGAAACUAAUAAGAAAUGUGAUUCUGUAAAGAAAGAAAGAGUUUUAAGGGAGAAGAAUGAAAAUAAAGUUGUAUCACGAGUAAAA